AUGGCCUCCAUUUUGGGUGUUUUAGUGAAACUCCCUUGUUUUAAUCCAUAUAAGACUACGAACCCUCAAAGCUCUAGUAUUCUAAUCAAAUUGCACUUAGACAAUAGAUGUAGAUAUCUGGUGGUGGAUUUCACGGCUUGGUCUUAUGGACCUUGCCAGUUGAUCGCCCCAAUCUUGGCGGAGUUGGCUAAGAAGAACCCAGAAGUAACGUUCCUAAAGGUGUACGUGGAUGAACUGAAUACUGUUUCUGAAAAGUGGGGUGUGGAUGCAGUGCCUACCUUCCUCUUCCUUAAGGAAGGCAAGGUGGUGGACAAGGUUGUGGGUGCCAAGAAAGACGAGUUACGGACCAAAGUAGGGAAGCAUGCCGCUGUUGCCUCCCCCCACUGA